AUGGUCUCAAAGGGAUUUCUUGUUGAUUCUGUUAUGGGUAAUGCUUAUAUCAUGUAUUAUAGUCGUUUUGGUUCAAUACCCAUGAUGGAAAAUGCUUACAAACGUCUAAAAAGCUCAAGACUUUUGGUUGAAAAAGAUGGGAUUAGGGCAAUUUCUCUUGCUUAUAUAAAGGACAAAAAGUUUCAUAGUUUGGGUAGCUUUUUAAGGGAUGUGGGUCUUGGUAGGAGAAAUGCAGGAAAUCUUCUUUGGAACUUAUUGUUAUUGUCAUAUGCUGCAAAUUUUAAAAUGAAGAGUUUACAAAGAGAGUUUUUAAAUAUGUUGGAAGCUGGAUUUGAACCUGAUUUGACCACUUUUAAUAUUCGAGCUGUGGCUUUCUCAAAGAUGUCUUUGUUUUGGGAUUUGCAUUUGAGCCUUGAACAUAUGAAGCAUAAUGGAAUUUUCCCGGAUCUUGUGACUUAUGGUUGUGUUGUUGAUGCGUAUUUGGAUAGGAGAUUAGGGAAAAAUUUGGACUUUGCUUUGAGGAAUAUGAAUGUGAAUGAUUCGGGUGUUGUGUUAACUGAUGAUCUUGUGUUUGAGGUGUUGGGGAAAGGUGAUUUUCACUCUAGUUCGGAGCCACUUUUGGAGUUUAAUAGAGGGAAGAAGAGGUGGAGUUAUAAGGAAUUGAUUGCAACUUAUGUUAAGAAAAAAUAUCGGAGUAAUCAAAUCUUUUGGAAUUACUAA